UCCAUACUAUUGAAUAGUAUAGCUAUUUUCUAUAUUCUAUAUGGAGGUUAUAUUAUCUCUCUACCGACAGACAUUGGCUGCAGACAUAAAGGACACAUUGCAGCCUGCCAAUGCUUACACAUUACAGCGUCUUUUGUACGAGAGCGGUGAUGUGUUUGGCAACCUUAGUAAAUAUGACAACUUCCACCGUGCGUUUGGCGUUCCGCCAAACCCCUGUGAGAGUGUUACUUUCAUCCGUUUUUGGAAAGGUGUCGAGGAUGCAGUGAUGGGUCCAGACUCCAGUAUCGCAGGGUUAUCUUACAUAGAACUUCAGAAAUCGCUGUUUCUGGACGACGAGAUGCUGAGGAGCAUGCGUUAUUUCCGUGAUGAGCUUUUGAAGCAGCCUUCGCCUAUGGCUAUUUCUGCUUUUUAUUCUGUCAUUGAGAGUUGCAGCAGGAACAGUGAGAUGGAGGAAUUUUGGUUGCGCGUUAAGGAAAAUUCUCAUGAAACGUUUAGUUCCGGUUUGGUACACACGAAAGACAUAUCGGAUAUGAUAUUUAGUCAUUUAUCUCAGCGUUUCGUUACUCGUGCUGAUGGUCUUGUUGAUCUCCGUACUAUAUCUACUUGUAUUUCAAUUGAUGGUGAGGAUGAUUUGAAGGUAACUCCUACUGCUAGAUCUAUAUCUACCGGUAUUUUAUCAGGUCGCAGUAACGCUUCUACUGAUGAGCUUUAUAGGCAAUUACUAGAGGAUCUUGAUGUUUGUUUACCUGCUGUUUACAAUCGUUUUUGCGAGCGCAUAGACCAGCUUACUGCGGAGAAGGAGCAGUUAGAAACUGAGUUUUCCUACAAAGAGAAGCAGCUGGAUGACUUGCGUCAUGAAUUUUCUGAGUGCAAAUCAACUCUUCAAUUACGUUGUGACCAGUUAGUUGAGAGUAACACACUGUUAAGUCAGAAGGUUGACUCACAGGAGCUUGAGCUUGACAGUUGUCGAGUUCACAUGGACAACAUGAAGCGUCGUUUAGACUCGAUUGACUCUUCGGGGUCCACCAGUGAGCUUCAGACACUUAAGCUUCGUUGUGACGAUUUAGAGCUCAGGAAUGCCGAGUUGCGCAAAUCUUUGAGCAAUGCAGAAUUUUUAUUGAAUGAGCGUUAUAUCGCUGGCAACGAUCGCGUUGAUGCGUGUGUGGGUGAUGACAUUGAGCGUCUUGCCACUUGUACUGUUGAUGCUCAGACAUUUACUGAGGACUUCAAUAUUGACGACCGUGACACUAUGUUACAGGAGGUUAUUGCGUUACGUGCUGAGAAGGCAUCUCUUGGUGGCAUUAUUUGUGAGUUACGUUCUAAUGUGGAUUCUCUUUCCCGUGAUCUUGCGUCUGCUGUUAAUGAAAGCUUAUUCAAGGACAGCGUGAAGGAAUCCCUUAUGAGGCAGCACUUGGCUGACCAGAACAUUUUAAAGGAUCGCAUUAAAGUGCUUGAGGAUGAGUUAUCAUCUUUAGGUGACAAAUUAGUAUCGGCGCGUCAGGACGGCGACCGUGCUGAAUCGGAGCUUAGUACGCUUAGGCUUGCCAAGUUGGACUUGGAGCAAGAGCUGAUGCGUUACAAAAAGGACGCGUUAGCGUUUAGGCAGGAAAUUGACGUGUUACGUCUUAAAUGCACUCAGUUGGACAGUGAGCGCAAUUCACGAUCGCAGCUUCAAUCGGAACUGGAGCGAUACCGUUCACACAACACUGAGUUACAGAGCAAGUUGUUUUCCAUUACCAAAGCGAAUGGAGACUUGACAUCUCCGCAUACUGGUACCAGUAACGUGACUAACCUUGAUGAUUCCCGUGACACUGGUCGUUCUACUCUUACUGCUCGUACUGACACUACGGACUGUGAUGACGAUGUUGAUAGUACUUUACACGGGGUCACUAUGAUGAAGAUAAGUCCUGCGUUAGCUGCUACCAGGCGGCUGAACACUUUGAAUUCUAUUAAGCAUGGUCAAUUUUCCAUGGAAGACGAGCCCAUAUCACUUUCAGGUUUUAAUGACGCCUUGGUGUAUCGCCAGGUGUUUAGUAUCAAGAGGACUGUGUCUAUUAGUUCUGAUGAGGACAUUGAUUUACUACAUGACCCUCGUGAGUUGGGACUAGACAGUGACGGUGGCUCGCUUUCUGAGAUUGAGCCUUCUGGUAUUCUUCAAAGUGCGACUUCUUAUUUUUCAGAGACGUUUAACUUAGGUUAAGCGUUUGUGUGUAGGGGCAUUAUAUGCUCUUAAUAUUUUUUUGUUGCUGC